AUGGGGGAGACUAAGUUAGAGCCCGACGUCAUUUCCCUAACAGUUUACAACGCUGGAAUUAGCGCGUGCGCAAAGGGCGAGCAGUGGCAACGGGCCCUGGCGCUGCUCAGCGAGAUGCGGGAUGCGAAGUUGGAGCCCACUGUCAGCUACAACGCUGGGAUCAGCGCAUGCGAGAAAGGUGAGCAGUGGCAACGGGCGUUGUCGCUGCUGGGUGAUAUGCUGGAGGCGAAGUUGGACCCCAAUGUCAUCAGCUACAACGCUGGGAUCAGCGCGUGUGCGAGAGGCGAGCAGUGGCAGCGGGCGCUGUCGCUGAUAGGUGAAAUGCGGGAGGCGGAGCUUGGGUCCGACUCAGCUACAACGCUGGGAUCAGCGCGUGCGAGACGUGCGGACAGUGGCUGUGGGCUCUGGCGCUGCUCAGAGAGAUGCGGGAAGCAAAGUUCGACCCCAACACCACCUCCUCUACCUUAG